GUCAAGAUUAACGUCGCUGCGCAGACGCCAUUCGCGGGCCGGACGUGACGUAGGUAGAGUUCCGGCUUCGGCCUUCGCCGCUGCCGCCGCUAUUACCGCCGUCGCCGCUGCCGCCGCCGUUGCGGCUUGCUACUCCUAAAAUGGCGCCGCUAGACCUGGACAAAUAUGUGGAGAUAGCGCGGCAGUGCAAGUACCUGCCGGAAAACGACCUGAAGAGGCUAUGUGACUAUGUUUGUGACCUCCUCUUGGAAGAGUCAAAUGUUCAGCCAGUGUCAACACCAGUAACAGUGUGUGGAGACAUACACGGACAGUUUUAUGACCUUUGUGAACUAUUCAGAACUGGAGGUCAGGUUCCUGACACAAACUACAUAUUUAUGGGUGAUUUUGUAGAUAGAGGUUACUAUAGUUUGGAGACCUUCACUUACCUUCUUGCACUAAAGGCUAAAUGGCCUGAUCGUAUUACACUUUUGCGAGGAAAUCAUGAAAGUAGACAGAUAACACAAGUGUAUGGAUUUUAUGAUGAGUGCCAAACCAAAUACGGAAAUGCUAAUGCCUGGAGAUAUUGUACCAAAGUUUUUGACAUGCUGACAGUAGCAGCUUUAAUAGAUGAGCAGAUUUUGUGUGUUCAUGGUGGUUUAUCUCCUGAUAUAAAAACACUGGAUCAAAUUCGAACCAUUGAACGAAAUCAGGAAAUUCCUCAUAAAGGAGCAUUUUGUGACUUGGUUUGGUCAGAUCCUGAAGAUGUGGAUACCUGGGCAAUUAGUCCCCGAGGAGCAGGUUGGCUUUUUGGAGCAAAGGUCACAAAUGAGUUUGUUCAUAUCAACAACUUAAAACUCAUCUGCAGAGCACAUCAACUAGUGCAUGAAGGCUAUAAAUUUAUGUUUGAUGAGAAGCUGGUAACAGUAUGGUCUGCUCCUAAUUACUGCUAUCGUUGUGGAAAUAUUGCUUCGAUCAUGGUCUUCAAAGAUGUGAAUACAAGAGAACCAAAGUUAUUCCGGGCAGUUCCAGAUUCAGAACGUGUUAUUCCUCCCAGAACGACGACGCCGUAUUUCCUUUGAGGCCUUCACCCAUCCUACUGACCCAUUUUUCUGCCCUCUUCUUACCCCAACUUUCUUGUAUUACUCUGUACAAUAUACUUUUUAUUGAGCACUUUGCUGCUGAAAUGCUGCCUCUUGCCUUUUUUUUUUUUUAAUUUUAAAUUAUCUAAAUUUAUUGUUUGUUGUGGUGUCUAUAGCAAUGUUUUUCUAUCAAUUUUCUCUCCCAUCCCAUCCCCACCUUGGACUCAUUUGAGAAGACUUGAGAUAUAUCUUAAUCUCACACUGCUGCAUGUAGUUCUUGCUUAUUUACUGGUCUGGGGAAACAGGAUGUUUCCUUUUUUUUUAGAAAAUCCAAUUGACAGAUUAUACCAAAAUAGUCCUCCUUUUCUGUCAUUCAGCCUUUUGUUUUAGUUUGGUAAGUUCUUAAGAAAUUUCAGCAGCAAAGUUGUUAUUCAGUGGGCAUGAUGGACUAUAAAUGCCUCGAGUUAUGUAUACCUGUCCCAGCUGUAAGCUUCAUUGUCCUUGUUGGAUGAUAUUUUAAAUGGAUAUAAAAUAAAUUGGUCUAAAGGGCUGCCCUUCUUGUUGUGUUUUUAAAUUUUAGUUAAAAACUGCUACAGCUUAUGACUUUGUACAUUAAGAUAAUUGUACGAUCUUUUUUCAGAUUCCUUGUAUUUUUUAAUAAAGUAAUCUUAAAUAAAACCCAGAUAGUUUAAGUGUAAGAAAUUUUAAACAGCUUUCAUUGUUAGCUUAAAGUUACUCUUUUUUUUGUUUUUUCCUAAUCAGAGUUCUUGACCCUUUGGUUACUGAGUUUAAAAUUUCAAUUGAAAUUCAAUAAUAUUUAUUUUUUAAAAAAAUCACUAAACUGUGCCUAAAGAACAUAACUGCCAUAUUAAUGUUUUGGUUUAUAUCCUCUAUAAUUGAAAAACACUUAAUACUUGUAAUGCUGAUGUGUUUAUUUGAUACCAGUUGGGUAGAAUGUGGUCAAUCCAGUUUACAAUCUAUCAUGAAUAUCAUUAAGUAAAAUCUAUGUACUUUUCAAUAGGAAUCAUUCUUUUGCUGUAACACUUGACCUUAACUUUUAGAAAGUAUUCAUUUUUUAACUGCAACUGGAAAGGUUGAAAAGUCAGGACUCUUGUAUUUGUGAACUGUAAUCCUAAGCAGAUUAUUUAAAGUGUAGAAAGAAACAAAUCGUCCUUUUUUGUAAAGGUCUGUGAUACCGUAUUUCGGCUAUGUGUAAGUAAUUUGAAUAUCCAAAGGGUUGUGAUGAUCAGUUCUUGAUAUGCAACUGUCCACUUAAUAAGGACAAAUGUUCCAGUAUCUCUUGUGACUGUGGUCAUAAAUGAUGUUGGAAUGUACCAUUUUGUGAAAUAGCUGGUAUCCCUUUACUACUAUAAUUGAUUUUUGUCAUUCCAGGAAAUCCUUGUGAAGCCAGCCAAUUAAUAAAGCACUUUAGCCUCUGUUCAGGUAGUUUUGAAAACCAAUUCCCUUUCAGGAUAAGAACUUCCAGGUUACCUAAAAAUGCAAUAAAAAUCUUUAUAGUCUAAGCUUCUUGGCACAUAAUUUUUCAUCAGGGUUUUCUUUUACUGAAUGAGCACAAUACUGUUUUGAUUUUAUUUUCCCCCAACCACUCAGCUCCUUGUAUAGUUUUUAAUUGUAUAGUUAUAUGGAAGAAGUGGCUAAGACAUUUGCUGCACACACUUAAAUGUUGGGUCAGUAGCUUUGUGUUACUGCCCUAACCCCAGUGUAAUUCAAGUGCAAAGGUAUUUUUAUCUUACGGGGAUAUGUAGCUAUGUAUUUUACUAAUUGUGAAACACUGGAAAUUAAUGAUGCAGACAACUUGGUGUUGUCUUUGAACAGCUCUCUACAGUAUUGUUUUUCUGUUACCGUAAAUUGUAUUUAAGUGCUUGCUUUCCACUGCUUUUAAGUUGUACCAAUAAAACCGGUAACCCUCAGCCCUUCCUUUCCCAUUUGACUCUCCUUAGCUUACAUUAUGUAGUCAUUUUUGUUAUCCCUGUAAUGUGACUUUUAUUUUUUAAGUCAUUGGUGUACUACAUUUAUUUGUCACUAGUUGGGCAUGUGCCAAUAAUAUUCUGUCCAUUCCUUAACUGCCAUAUCUGUUUUGCCUGAUUUCUCUUCAACUGAAUAAUGGCUUUUUGCAUGGAAAAGAAUAGUUUUUACUAUUGGACGUGUAAGGGGAAGAGAGAGUGAAUGUAUUGGACUUUGUAAGCCUAAAGGAAUAUUCGGAUCCCUCUAAUAAAUAAGGGCUAUGUACUAUAUAGAGUAAUCAUGUGGUGGAAGAUACUUGCAAGUAAUGAUUUGUAGGCAGGAGGAUCUGUUACUCCCUGUAUCUAGGCUGAAUGUAAAAUCCCUUAUGUUGUAUUAAUGGGGGUAAGAACUAUUUUUAUUUGCCUAUGAUAUACUUAGUUUCUAAUAAAGUGUCCUAGGCUCUAGUGAGAACUGUCUACUUUGAAUUGCCAUGUACUCCCUUUUCUCAUUUGGCUGAUGUGCUCUUGGCUAGCUUUUUAUAGGUUAAUGUAUUUCCCUGAAAAAUCUCACUUUAAAUGUGUUCAUCUGGGUGUGAUCCUAAAAAGUCUGGAUCAAGAGUACGUCUAAUAUGCAACCUGCAUCAGCUCCUAUUCCGUCUGGAUAUCUAGAACUGUUGGAAUAUUUUGACGUCUUAAACCCUGGGUUUUGCUUCUGAAAUAAGGCUUGAAAUAUUGUUCAUUACAUUAAGAUUUGUGUGUUUUUGCUUUGUAAGCCCAGCACAGGUUUUGGAAAAUGCUUGUAUUGUGAAAGCAAAUCAGGACUCUUUCUGAGCCUCUUUCGUUGUCAGAAAUAGAAUCACUUUCCGUCAGCUUCCAGAAAAUUAUGUAUCUGUAGUUAAAGAGAUUUAAUAGCAAGAAUCCAGAUUUUUAAAUGUAAUUGUUUUAAAAAUGCUGUUUGUAAAGCACCUUCAGUUCUUUGGAUGAAAGGUGCUAUAUAUCCCUCAGUGUAAAUUAAUAAAAAGAUUAUAGGAAGUUUGUCAAAAAAUAAUUUCAUCUAAUGCAUAGUCUGUAGUAUGUCCUGACAAGAAGUUAGCAUUUUAUAUAACCUAAUUUAAAUUAAAAAAUGCUUAUUUCUUCACUUGGUUGCUUGACUGGUAAACAAAAGUGAAACUUUUUUUUGUUCUGCAGUCAACUAAGGUUCCAAUUCUUUAAUGGCAAUAUUUAUUGUUAUUACCUGAAUCCAGUGCCCAGAACCAUGCUUCAUGAGAUCAUCACAACUCUUUCAA